UCGUCGUUGUCUAAACCUGGAGAAAGCCGUGCUGCGGAUCAUUUGUCUCGGAUUUUAAAAGCAAAUUUUGUCGAUCGUCUUUUUCUUAAAUACUUUGGAAUCCGGUUACCGCAGCGGUUGGGAAUACAGACAUAUAUCACUCUGGGAAAGAGCAUUUGUAGAAGAAAUGACCGAUUUAAGAAUGAUACGGCAAGUAUCGUUGUUUAUCUUGAUUUUUUCCUUCAGCUCAGUUGCCGGGCAGGUCACCUACUCCAUUCCUGAAGAAAUGGCUAAAGGUUCUUUUGUUGGAAAUAUAGCACAGGAUUUAGGGUUAGACCUUAAAAGACUGAGAUCUGGCAAAGCACGCAUAUAUACAGAGGACAGCGCAGAAUACAUCGAGCUGAAUAAAGACAAGGGAAGCCUGCUCGUCAAAGAAAGAAUCGACAGAGAGACGCUGUGCGGGCAGACGACACCUUGCGCUUUACAUCUUCAGAUUACACUGGAGGAACCUAUUGAGUUUUACACGGUUACUGUCGAAAUUAAUGACAUUAAUGAUAAUGCACCUAGCUUCAAAAAGGAUGAGAUGAAAUUUAGGAUUAGUGAGUCAGCUGUGAUCGGGGCAAAAUUCAUGCUUGAAAGAGCAAUGGAUCUCGAUGUAGGUGUAAAUGGGCUGCAGAGUUACUCUCUUAAACCUACAGACAAUUUCAAUCUAAAACUCCAAAAUCAGCAAGACGGAAGUAAAAAGGUCGAGAUGGUUUUACAAAAACACCUUGACAGAGAGGCGCAAGAACAUUUGUCUUUAACACUUACAGCUAUCGAUGGUGGUGAUCCACAGCUCUCAGGAACAAUACGUGUAGAAAUUUCUGUACUAGAUGCUAAUGACAAUGCCCCAGUAUUCACGCAAGAAAUAUAUAAGGUUAUUGUAACAGAGACGGCACCGCAAGGCACUGUUUUAUGUACUGUUAGUGCUGCAGAUGCAGAUGAAGGCUCAAACGGGAAAGUGUCAUAUUCGAUUAAAAAUACUUUAGAUGAUGUUCCUAUUAUGUUUGAAAUAGGCGAAGAAAAUGGUGUAGUAACUUUAAAUGGGAAUUUAGAUUACGAAAAGUCAAAGGACUAUGAGAUCCACGUCCAAGCCAGUGAUGAGGGAGGACUAACAGAUUCGUGUAAAAUUAUGGUUGAAGUGACCGAUACAAACGACAAUCAUCCGUCUAUUAAUAUAAUGUCUAAAACUAAUUCGGUGUCAGAAAAUUCCUCCCCAGGAACUGUUGUAACUAUAUUUAACGUCCAAGAUCCUGAUUCUGGUGAAAAUGGAAAGGUCUCGUGUUUUAUAGCGGAUAACAUGCCGUUUCUAAUGAAAACAACGUCGAAGAAAUUCUUCAGCCUCGUAACUGACAGUGAUUUAGACAGAGAAAGAGCUUCAGAGUACAAUAUAACUGUGACCUGCUCUGAUGAAGGAGUACCCUCCCUCUCCAGCAGCGUCACUCUCACCUUACAGAUCUCUGAUGUAAAUGAUAACCCUCCUGUCUUUGAGAGGAGCUCAUAUGAGGCCUACAUUGUAGAAAACAACACACCUGGUCUCUCUAUAUUCACAGUCAAAGCCACAGACUCUGACUGGAACCAGAAUGCCCGUGUUUCUUACAUACUGGAGGACUCCUCUGUUAACGGAGUGCCAGUCUCCUCAUAUGUGUCCGUUAGUGCUGAUAGUGGAGUCAUCCAUGCAGUGCGUUCUUUUGACUACGAGCAGAUCAAGGAUUUCCAGUUCAGGGUCAAAGCUCAGGAUGGAGGCUCCCCUCCACUCAGUAGUAAUGUGACUGUGAAAAUAAUGAUCCAGGACCAGAACGACAACGCCCCUCAGGUUCUCUACCCAGUCCAGACUGGUGGCUCUCUGGUGGCUGAAAUGGUGCCUCGUUCAGCAGAUGUGGGCUAUCUGGUCACUAAAGUGGUAGCUGUUGACGUGGACUCUGGACAGAACGCCUGGCUCUCCUAUAAACUGCAGAAAGCCACAGACAGGGCGCUGUUUGAGGUGGGCUUACAGAAUGGAGAAGUCAGAACUAUCCGCCAAGUCACUGAUAAAGAUGCAGUCAAACAAAGACUGACUGUUAUAGUGGAGGACAACGGACAGCCCUCUCGUUCAGCUACAGUCAUUGUUAACGUGGCGGUGGCGGACAGCUUUCCUGAAGUGCUGUCUGAGUUCACUGACUUUACACACGACAAGGAGUACAAUGAGAACCUGACUUUUUACUUAGUGUUGGCUUUGGCUGUAGUUUCCUUCCUCUUCAUCACGUGUGUGGUGGUCAUUAUAUCAGUGAAAAUCUACAGAUGGAGACAGUCUCGCAUCCUGUAUCACUCCAAUCUCCCAGUGAUUCCAUAUUAUCCACCACGUUACUCCGACACUUUGGGGACAGGGACUCUCCCACACGUGUACAACUACGAGGUGUGCAGGACGACUGACUCCAGAAAGAGUGACUGUAAGUUUGGCAGAGCUGGUAGUCAGAACGUGCUGAUAAUGGACCCCAGUUCAACAGGGACGAUGCAGAGGAUACAGAGUGAAAAGAGCAUCCUGGAUGAACCAGACUCUCCUCUAGAGGUUAGAAAUUUUAACAAUUACAAUGAUGUAUUUUUAUUUAAACCAUCUUAA